GACAAGGAUUCGUGGAAGGAAGUCGUAAGCGAGUUUGUAAAAACGGAGUUGGGUGUGAAAGGCAUCAGCGCAGGCAGUCUCUUGGGUACGCGAGCUGAAGACGCCCCACCAGCGAGCAACGGUAGAGAAUGGCUUCGUGUGGCGUACAGUUUGUUCUCGGGGCAAGGACCUGCUGCAGUCCAUGAGUUUGUACCUACUAAUCUACUAUCAAGGGCAACGGGCUCAUUGCAGGUCCCUGUUACUCCUAUGGCUCAUGCCACACCUAUGUCUCCGAAUUUCUCGUUACCCAUUGUGCCAGGGAAAGUUCCACUAGAGUCUUUGUCGAAGUGGCCUGAGACAGCUGCAGUUAUGGUGUCUAGCCCUAUGCCCCCGGAUUGGUCGGCGGCCAUCACGGCUCUAGGUGACUUCUUGGCUUCUCACCAAUGGGUUGAAGCAGCACAUGCAUGUUACCUCCUUGCGCCUCAAACAUCUACGAUGGGUGGUGUUGGUAGUCCAUCGACUCGAGUCGUGCUUCUCGGUUCUCCUGCUCCUCAGACUUCUCCUGCUUUCCAUAGGGACUCGGAUCCUAUUAUUUUUUCCGAAAUAGUAGAGUUCGCUAUGUCACUGAAGCCGGUCGCAAAGGGUCAAGAUGGUUUCCACGGCCUACCACAUCUCCAAGCAUACAAGCUAAUCCGUGCAUCAGCUCUCGCAGAGUUGGGUCAUGUACAAUUGGCAAGCAGGUAUUGCGAGGCGAUCACAGGCUCUCUUGGUCGCUCAUCACCAUAUAUUAAUGCGGCCUUCUUGGAGCAGAUCAGAGGACUCGCUGAUCGUCUAGUGGGAGCUCCUCACGUAGAAAAG